CUCUCAUUGUUGCUGCGUGCGCUGCCACAGCGCUUGCUAGUUGCUAGCGCGAGGAACGGCCCUGAGGAAAAUGGCGGACGGUGUAGAUCACAUCGAUAUCUACGCCGACGUAGAGGAGGAGUUCAAUCAGGAAGCCGAUUACCCCAUUCAUGAUCAGAUAGACCUGUAUGAUGAUGUCAUAUCUCCGUCAGUCAACAAUGGUGAUGCGCCGGAGGACCGCGACUAUUUGGACUCUUUGCCGUCGCAAGGCGGAGGAGAUGGAGGCAAGAAUGCUCCGCCCAAUGUGGUUUACACCUACUCGGGAAAGAGGAUCGCCCUUUACAUCGGGAACCUCACAUGGUGGACAACUGAUGAGGACUUAACAGAAGCAAUACGGUCAGUAGGCAUCACAGACGUGUUGGAGAUAAAGUUCUUUGAAAAUAGAGCCAAUGGCCAGUCCAAAGGUUUUGCUCUGGUGUGUGUGGGCUCAGAUGGAUCAUCCAGGAAACUGAUGGACCUUUUGUCCAAGAGGGAGCUCCAUGGUCAGAAUCCUAUUGUCACGCCGUGCAACAAACAGUCUCUCAGCCAGUUUGAGAUGCAGUCACGCAAAAGUAACCACUCAGGCCAGAUGUCAGGCGAAGGUAAAGCUGGUCCCCCAGGCAUUGGCCGUAGUGGUUUUCCAAUGGGCAGUCGAGGUAGAAGCAGGUUCCCUGGACAACCUGGUCCUGAAGGAGACCGUUUUCGGGGUUCUGUUGGCCCCGGAGGACCACCACCACACUUCCCUGGGGAAAGGAUGAGACCUGAUCUGAUUAGGCACCAAGAUGGCCACCUGGAUAUGAAUUUCAAUCCCGGAAACUGGCGUGACAGAGGUGGUAUGCAGGGACCUCCACGCCCCCCUCCUGGUCCUCCUGGCCCUCCAGGACCACCACCUGGCCAGGGCCUCCUCCUUCCCCUUGUUCCACCAAAUCGUGGUGAGAGGCUACCUCCCCCUGUUCUCUUCCCAGGCCAGUUUGGCCAGCCACCCUUAGGACCCCUGCCUCCAGGCCCCCCACCUCCAGGCUUCGGUCUACCACCUGGACCGCCACCGCCCCAGCAAGGCCCGCCGCCGCCAAGACCCUUUCCUCCACGUCCCAUGGGUCCAAUUGGGCCACCUUUGGGUUUGGGCUUGGGUUUGGCUCCACCUCCUCACAUGGGAGGUCCUCCUCCUGGUGGGCCGCCACCAGCCCCCCAUGUCAAUCCUGCUUUCUUCCCCCCACCCGGUAGCAACAACAUGCCCCUCAACGACAGGGGGCCCCCGGGACCAAAUGACCCAUACGGACGCCCACCACCUUAUGAGAGAGGAGACUACGGUCCUGGAGGCAGGGACAUGGAUUCAUCACGGAACCCUCUAAGUGAAGCCGAGUUUGAGGAGAUCAUGAACAGGAACAGAGCCAUCUCCUCGAGUGCUAUAUCCAGAGCUGUGUCUGAUGCCAGUGCAGCUGACUAUGGCAGCGCCAUAGAGACGUUGGUGACAGCCAUCAGUUUGAUUAAGCAGUCCAAAGUAUCCGCAGAUGACCGCUGCAAGGUCCUGAUAAGUUCUCUUCAAGACUGUCUCCACGGUAUCGAGUCCAAAAGCUACGGCUCUGCCGCCAGUGAUCAUGUAAACACUAUGCCCAAAAGGCGAGAGCGCUCCAGGGAACGCGAUCACAGCCGCUCCAGGGAAAAGAGCAGGCGCCACAAGUCGCGCAGUCGCGAUCGGCAUGAGGACUACUACCGAGAACGUAGCCGUGAGCGUGACCGCCAUCGUGAGAGGGACCGUGACCGAGACCGUGAAAGAGAGAGAGAACGAGAGUAUCGACACCGCUAAUGGAGGAGUGAGCUCGCCACCUUUACACCAUUGGACAGAAGGACAAAAGGAGGAGGGACUUCAGCACCCCCACCCAACACAACGUGCAUGAGUGGACACUCAAACCACAAGGAUGCCAUCUCUUCCUCUACCAUCUCUCCUCCCGUUCUCCGCCUCCUCUGCCCAUCCUUCUCUCUCUCUGUUCAUUUAGUGUGCAGAGUGGAUGAAGGCCCGUGCCCCCACCCCCUUUCUCUCUCCCUCUCCACCACAUGUAAGGCUACUAUCUUUCCACUCUUACUUUUAUAAUGUUUUAUUUCAUGUGAUGUGUGCUUAUUAUCUCUCUGUGGCAACAAAACAAUAAAAGUGGCCCACUUUUCCUCUUGACAGAAGACACAUGACAGACAUCCUUGUUUUUGUUUUGUUGAUUUGCUACUGUACUGUGUACACUUGGUUUAUUAGAGAGCAGUUUUUAUAUAGGGUACAUACUUGUUUUCUCAACCCCUCCCCUCCUUAUUCAUUCUUCUCAUGCUUAGUAUGUUUAUAAAUGUCUCUCUGCGUUAAGUCUAGCUGGUGUUGUAAUAAAACAUGUUUACUGAGGUA